ACUGUGUCAGUUAGAAGUCAUUUUAGUUCCAAACAAUGUUUUCUGCCAGAUGAAGUGUCAGCAAUAUCUGCCAACCCGGAUGAGAGGGUUGUGGAUUUGCAGGGAGAAGCUCCUAAGGUUCUGAAAGCUCUAGAAGCUGUGGUAGGACACCUGAGGAAGUUUUUGGUAGACCGUAGCGUUCUUCCUCUGUUUGAAAAGACUAACAAUGUAGCAGCUACACAAGAACACCAAGUGGAGACAUGGGCUGACAAACCCAUGAUGCGUUCUGGCUCACAGCAUGGAAUAGGAGGUGAUUAUUCUCUUCCAGUGAGGAGGGAAACUCUAUUUCUUGACCGUGAACCCCAACGAGAAUCACAAUUUUCAUCCCAUGGACUUUCAUUGUAUGGUCGUGAUCCUGGGCUACCCACAACUCGUUCUCCUGCACUUGGUCGUACGGGUGGUCCUAUAGUAACUCAGAUAGCUCAAACGAUGCAAAUACCACUAGUUUAUGCUGAGGAUAUCAUUGGAGUUGGAGGGACAAAUAUUGCUUAUAUUCGUAGGACUAGUGGUGCAAUUCUUACUGUACAAGAGAGCAGAGGGCUACCAGACGAAAUUACAGUUGAAAUAAAAGGGACAUCAUCACAAGUUCAGACAGCUCAACAACUUAUUCAGGAAUGUGUAAAUGGGCACAAAGAAUCAAUUCCAAGCAGCUAUGGGAAGAUGGAUUCAGGUUUGAGGUCUUCGUACUCGCAAAUGGGGGGAAAUUCAUCUUACCAAUCAUCAUCAGCUUAUGGCGGGCAAUCGUAUGGCGGGGGCUAUGGAGGCUCUGGUUUAGGAGGAUACAGUAGUUACAGGAUGUGAAAUGUACCACAACAUAUUUGAAGCUUUGUUUUUCUAUAAACCUAUUUCAAAUGUAUCCUUUAUAAAGCUUUGAUGAGUUGUUCAUGCUUUUUGUUUCAUUGACAUUGACAUAGGUAGUAGUAGCAGUAAAGGCAAGAAAGAGAGAAAGAAAGAGAGAAAGCUUUAUGAAAUCUAUCCUUCUUCCUUCAAGAGUUGUUAGGUUGUUCUUCUAUUAUGCUUCGUAUGUUAAGUUAAAUUGAUGUUUUUAU